AUGAGCUCUCGGAUCUGCUCAGCUACAAGUUUCGGCGUGCUGGUGCUGGAGCUGCUAACAGGCAGGGACCCCAUUCUCUCUGUUGAUGGCUCUCAGUCGCACAUCCGGGAAUGGGCAACAGCAGAGCUCUCUAGCAGUGACGUCAGCUCCAUCAUUGACCCGCGCAUGGCUUCCCCUGCCGCGCUUACCGGUGAUGUCAGCAUGGUGCAUGCUGACGUCAUGCAGAGCCUUGCAUCCCUGGCGUUGGAAUGCACUGCCAUGCCCGCUGCCUCGCGCCCCUCCAUGGCCAAAGUGCUCUCGCAGCUGAAGCAGCUUCAUGAGGAGGUGGUGAGGCGGGAGAGGGAGAGUGGGUUGGAGCAAGGGAGUGGGUUCAUAGGGGUGGAUAUGGGUGUGGGAGGAGUUGGAGGAGUGGGUGGGGUGGUCAAGGAGAAGUGGGAGAGCUCAGCAGAUGGGCCAUCAGCCAUCAGUGUGACACCAGUGACGGCUGUGAGGGAUACGACAGGCAGCUUGGAAGGGAAUGACAGCUCGAGCGCUGGAGAGGGGACAAGUGGGGGGGCGAGUGGAAGCAUGGCUGGUUAUCGCACCUGA